AGCUCUGCUUCUCGAUAUAAGGAGGAAGAGCCAAAAUAUUCCCUCUCCUCUCCCUCUCCCUCUCCCUCUCCCUCUAACUUUUACUGCUCAACGUAGGGAGUUAAGGACCCUUCUGCUUGCUUCAUUCCUUGUAAUGGGAAGUCAUAAUCCAACCAUAUGGAUGCAUCCAUUUAUCUUUGCACUUUCAACGGUUCUGCUGACCUUCACAGUGAUUGCUAAAGCUGUGGAUGUAACUUUUGUUGCAAAUGCUGUUCAGAAAGGGGCAGUUUGUUUGGAUGGAAGCCCUGCAGCUUAUUAUUUCUCCCCAGGUUCUGGUUCAGGCGUGAAUAACUGGGUCGUUCACAUGGAGGGUGGAGGAUGGUGCAGCAAUGAAGAGGAUUGUGUAGAACGCAAGAGCAAUUCUAGAGGUUCUUCUACGAAUUCAGUGCCGAUGUCAUUUUCUGGUAUUUUGGGGAGCAGCCAAAAGUCUAAUCCAGGUUUUUACAAUUGGAAUAAGGUCAAGGUUCGAUACUGCGACGGUUCAUCUUUUACAGGGGAUGUAGAGGCUGUAGAUCCUGCGAAGCGUGUUUUCUAUAGAGGAUCUAGAAUUUGGUUCGCCAUUGUGGACGAACUACUAGUAAAAGGGAUGAACAAGGCACAAAAUGCUCUUCUUUCUGGUUGUUCUGCUGGUGGGUUGGCAUCCAUAUUACAUUGUGACAAAUUUCGCGAUCUUCUUCCUUCGACGACAAAAGUAAAAUGUUUCUCCGAUGCUGGAUUCUUCAUUAAUGCGAAGGAUAUUUCUGGUGUAGAGAGAAUUAAAUCAUUUUUCGAAGAUGUCAUGGUUACACAUGGAUCUGCAAAAAACUUGCCAGCAUCUUGCACUGCUAGAUUGCCACCAGGCCUGUGCUUCUUUCCACAAAAUGUUGUACCAACAUUGCGCACACCACUCUUUGUACUCAAUGCAGCUUAUGAUGCAUGGCAGAUAAAAAAUAUUUUAGCACCAUCAUCUUCUGAUUCAAGCGGUGCUUGGAAAAAAUGCAAGCUUGAUAUUAAGGCGUGUUCGUCGGCACAAUCUCAGACCAUUCAAGGUUUUAGGGCGGAAUUCCUUAACGCUGUUUCCGGGCUUCGAAACUCUUCAUCAGCAGGAUUGUUUAUAGAUUCUUGUCACGCUCAUUGCCAGUCAGGAAGGCAAGCUGUCUGGUUAAAUAGUGGCUCUACUGUGGUAGAUAAUACUCAAAUAGGAAAAGCAGUGGGAGAUUGGUUCUAUGACCGGGCGGCCACUAAGCUGAUCGACAGCUGUUCUUAUCCUUGUAACCCCUCAUGCCAUGAUGUCGCCGAUGAUUCCUAGAAUUAUUGAAUUUUAAGCCGCGGAGCUGAUUGAAAUUAAUAAAUUAUUUAGCCUGAGGAAAUAAGCAGAAAUGUCAAUGGUAUGAAAGAACAUUGAGCAGCUUUCUACGCUUGCUAUUAGAUGCAGUGUUAUAAUUAAGUAGUUAACAUUGUCACGAUUUAUUGACAUUAAUAAAAGCCUAUUUAAGAAGUGAAUUUGUUAACAUUAA